AAACAUCGCUCAUCUCUAGCUGUAGUCACUGACGAAGCUUUCUUUCCGGUCUGAUACUUGACAAAGGCAGACGAAAUGGCGGCACACAAAUCGUUCCGUAUUAAGCAGAAAUUAGCUAAAAAGCUAAAGCAAAACAGAUCUGUUCCACAAUGGGUUCGCUUGCGCACUGGAAAUACCAUUAGGUACAACGCCAAGCGCCGUCACUGGAGGCGUACCAAGUUGAAGCUGUAAGCUCCUGGAAUGUCCCCUUGCAGUUAUUUUGAUUUGCAAAUAUAACUGAGAGUAUCAAAUAAAGUUCUUUAUUGAAAUACAGUCA